ACGCCAUUGGUCUUUAAAGUUUCCAUUCACCUCACGGUCAAAUUUGCAGGCGCGCGCGUGUGUGGGGGUUGUUAAAUUCGUUCAUCCCUCACGGCCGACAGUAUUAGACGAAGUCGCCCCCGAGCUGGUCACCAAAAAAAUUUGUGGGGCGGGUAGGUUUCGCAGUCAGUGACCUCGUCGCGGUGAAAUCUAAAAGAAGGCCGAUUGUGAAAUAGACCCGUGCGGCGACGACCCCCAGCACUCCACUGAAGAGGACGACGAUUUGUACAGUCAUUCUUUAAGUGUCUCGGUUGUUGGCACCGGGGUCCAGUGAUUAUCGCAGGUAAAUUCCGCUCGGCCUAAAUAAUGGAAGCCAUACAGUUCAGUUUGGGGGAGAAGAAAUUGGAAUUGGUCAACAAGCCCGUACCGCAAAUAAAGGAGCCCACCCAGAUCUUGGUUAAGGUCGCCUAUUCGGGCAUCUGCGGUACGGAUUUGCACAUCAUCGAGGGCCACUUUCCGUGUAACCCCAACGGAUUUACGUUGGGCCACGAAUUUUCCGGCGUCGUGGUUGAUGUAGGCGCGGAAGUUUUUCAGUUUGCCAAAGGCGACAAUGUGGCAGUUGAUCCUAAUAAUGGUUGCGGAAUUUGCCAUUUUUGCCACUCAGGCGAUCCACAUUACUGCAAAAGCGGCGGAAUCAACAACACAAUCGGCAUCUACAAGGACGGCGGCUGGGCCGAGUACGUCCUCGUUCCCGAGAAACAGGUCCACAAGCUAACCGAACACAUUACGUUGGAGCACGCCGCCUUAACCGAACCAAUCUCGUGCCUUUCACACGGAUGGGACUUGAUCUCGCCGAUUACCAUGGGUGAUAAAGUUUUAGUGACCGGUGCGGGUAUCAUCGGUAAUUUAUGGGUAGCUUUACUACAUUUGCAAGGGCACAGGAGGGUUACGGUUUCCGAGCCGAAUGGGUUGAGACGCGAGUUAUUGCAGAAGCUGGGUACAGGUUUUCAGUGCAUAACACCCGACGAGCUGAAACAGCGCCACGAGAAGGACGCCGACUACCUGUUCGACGUCGUCAUCGACUGCACCGGCUCGGCGCCGGCCAUCGAGCACGCCUUCUCCUUGCUAAACGCCGGCGGAACCCUGUGCAUUUUCGGCGUAGCCCCGCCCCACGCGAAAAUCAGUAUUUCUCCCUUCGAAAUCUACAAGAAGGAAAUCCGAAUAGUCGGCGUCAACGUGAAUCCGUUCAGUUUUCCGAAAUCGCUCGGUUUCCUCGAGUCGCUAAGCGACAGGUAUCUCAAGUUCGAGAAUUUGGGCGUGAAGACGUUCCAGCUGAAAGAGUACAAGCAGGCGAUAGAGGAAUUGAAAAAGGGGGCCAUUGCGAAAGCGGUAUUCAAACUGUGAUCCAUUUAAAUCGUUUUAAGUUCAGUAGAAAUUGUUUUCCUUCAAAAGUAUUUGUAGCGUUAAUCAAAUAUUUUUAAACAC